UAAAUUGCUAUUAUUGAUAAAUGGCAGAAACUCAAUUUGAAUUUUCGGAAAAUCUCAAUAUCAUUUGUUUAUAUGAUGAGAAUCUUAGGAAUUUUUAUCAAACAUUUAUUGAAUUUUCUCACUAAAUCAAUUGAAUUAUAUUUAACAUUACUCUACAUGCCAUAAUACAAGAACAUUAUUUGAUAGAAACUUCUUGUUAUAUCAAAAAUUGCCUUAUUUUCUUCGUUCAUAGUUAAAUUUCUACUAUCUGCUGGCUGAUACUGAAUAUUCGUUGCAGUUUCAUGGUAUCUAAAUUUGACAUCCAAUUUUUAGUUUUUAUUACCACAUGGCUGAAUUGAUUUUUUAAAAUUCUAUUAAAAGAUAAUUGUAAACUGCACAUAUCUGGAUAAACAUUGUUUAUGGAAUGUACAAAUCAGAACUAACAGAGUCAGAUUCUGUGUUACUUUAGAAAUGAAAACACAAACUCAAGAACAUUGUUAAAGAACAAUUCGUGAUCUGGUGAACUUUAAAUGAGCAAUUUAAACAAUGCAUAAAAUAAAAUAGAAAUUCAUUCUUCUCAGCAAAAAUCUAGAAAUCCGCUUUCACAAGUCUCUAUUCUGAUCUUCCUUCAUAGAGUCAAGUACAGAAAAACAUUUUUCAGCGCACAAUGAUACUAAUCUUCUUAGAUUAUUUUUCUAUUUUAUUUGUGUUGCAAAUAUUUUCUUCAUUUUUCACUCACUUGUUUAGUUGCCGUGGCGCCUGAAAAAUCUACGCGUUCGAUAGGCAUCACACUCUUACAGGUUUUAAGUCUCGUUAGAAUACUUCAAACGCUUUCUAUUACAUAAUAACGAAAAAAACCACUUGUCAACUGGCUUUCAUUCAUCGAAAGAAAAGUCAGAAUUGAAAAGAGCCUAGCUCUAACAAAUAUUCUACAAAGUUCUUUUUUAUGCAUAAUUAGAACAAUUCCAGAUUUGUUGCAAAUUUUUGUACGUUGUUCAGAAUUUCUUUCUUAAAUUUUUUCGGACGAAAUAAACAUCAUCGGACUUUUAGUUUCAGGUUCUCUCUUGAGUACAGUUUUCAAACGGAGAUACUUUCACUGUUUUUUCAAUGAAUCAUAAUACGAUAAAAGAGUUUAUAUUUAUAACAUAAAUAAACCAAUCAAAUUUUGUUUCUCGAGCCUCUAUAAUGGCGUCCAUGUUAUCCCUUAAUUCGUUAGAAUCCCUUAAACGGUGCCCACACACACAUUAGGCACAUGUGUCACUAGCGUGUCCUAUCGACAUGGGAUAUUGGUAGGCCAAAUGAAACGACUUUUUUCUGAGCAGAGACCAGGCCUUAUUACUCCACCAGGCCCCACGAUGUGGCGGGGGCUAGCCCCCGGCAUUUUUUAAGCAUGUCUGCAAAAAUUUUUAAUACUGUCUGGCAAAAAUGUGUAAUAUAGUCUGCGAAAUUUAAUUUUAAGGCUGCAGUCGACUGGUCACGUGAUAAUGUUAGCGGUGAAAAGUUUUUGUUUUCAGACAAUUUUUCCGAAGAUUUUACGUAGCCUUGGAGGGGGUAGAGGUAUCUUCGUCGCGCUACUCCCCCCCCCCCCCCCCCCCCCCCCCGGCAUCACUUUUAAUGAAAAAUUGGGAAGUUCCCACAAAAAUAAGUGACUGUCUGCCAAGUUUUUGUGAAGUGUCUGGGAAAAGAAAAAAAAAUUUUAGCCCCCGCCACUCUCAAAAACAAUCAAGAGCCUUGGAAGAGACAGUAUAACAAUCAUUAUUGAUUGAUGACCGAACUAAAGAAAGGUCACGAUAUUUACCGUCCAACCGUUUAACAUUGUCAUUGUUGAUGACGUCUGGUAUAAUAUAAGUUACAAUGGAUAUAGACGUAUAUAUAGAUUGAAAUUUACGACAUUUCUCAUUGAACAUGAACUAUUCAACAGUUAAUAUCCUUGGUCUAUGCGACGAGAUUUUGCUUACCAUUUUCAACAAACUCAACAAGAUCGAUGUAUUAUAUUCUUUCAUAGGAGUCAAUCAAAAACUCGAUAAAUUGGCUCAGGAUUGUACAUUUACACGAUCUGUUGAUUUAGUAACAAUAUCAUCGAAUGAAGAUAAUGAGUCAAGAACUAAUUCAAUACUUGAACGAUUUUGUUUUGAUAUAAUACCUCGAAUUCAAUACAAUAUUGAAUGUCUUAUUGUUGGUCCAUUGUCAACAGAUCGAAUUCUUCGCAUUGGAAAUUAUCCUAAACUCAAUAAACUUAUUCUUGUUAAUCUUUCACUUAAAAUGGCGUCUCGUAUUUUAAAUAAAGGAUCAUUUAUUCAUAUCUAUAAGCAUCAGAUUUCACAUCUUGUUGUAACGAUUAAUGAUGAUAUUACAGCUAUACGAAUAAAAGAUGUAGCCACAAAUAUUUUUGCUAACAUUCUUGCUAUGUUUACAAAUUUGAUUCAUCUUGAUUUUAAGUUUGACGACAGUUUUGUGUAUCCACCAACAUCAUUUAUUAAAUUACUAUCGACAACAUGUCAAUCAUCACGUAUUGGUCAUUUGAAUGUUAGGGUGCGCAAUUUUGAUGAUUGUCUUUGUUUACUUGAUGGACGUCUUAGUCAAUUACAUACAUUUAUUGUCAAAGUUGAUAACAUUGAUGAUUUAUCAAUGAGUAUUCGUAAGAAGGUAAAGAAUUUCGAAUCAUAA